UCCAGUGCACCGGAGAAGGAGAGACCACGCCAAGCAGAAGCCACUCAUGUAGUACAGCAGCCGGAUGAUGGACAACGUAUGGGAUACAUCCGGCGUCGACCAGUCGACCCUCGAAGUGUCGACCCUGACCGGUUCUUCGAACGGUGACGAAAGUGAAACGGAUUCCAGCGUCACUCUCGUCACCGUUGUGUGCUGCGUCCUGGCGUGCCUCAUUGCCGUAGCCAUCGUGCUAUUCCUAUUGGGAGAGCUGGAACUCUUCGACGAUGACUCGGGUGACGAAGAUGACAUGGAAUAUACGACGAGAUACCCGCCCGCUGUCCGUUCGCCGCCACGGCCAGUGGUUACUGCUCACCCCACAACGAAAGCGCCACCAUCGCCAACAGUGACCGCUCGCCCUAGAGUGACUUGGCCACGGCCUAAAACGCCAAGAUCGAUAACAACGAGGCCGUCUACCAUUAUACGUACUAAGCCUACUACUACACCUGUCACCACUACUACGGUGAAAAAAGCGACUCCGCGACGUCCGCCACCUCCGCCACCUAAACGCCCUCCACCACCUCCUUCUCCGCCUCCUGCGACAACUAAACGCCGUCCACCACCUCCUCCGACAAGUAAACGCCCUCCACCACCUCCUCCUCCAACUAAACGCCCUCCACCACCUCCUGCGACAACUAAACGCCCUCCACCACCUCGUCCGACAACUAAACGCCUUCCGCCACCUCCGCCUCCUGCGACAACUAAACGCCGUCGACCACCUCCUGCGACAACUAAACGCCGUCGACCACCUCCUUCGACAACUAAGCGCCCUCCACCACCUCCUGCUCCAGAUAAACGCCCUCCACCACCUCUUGCGACAACUAAACGCCCUCCACCACCUCCUCCGACAACAAAACGCCCCCCACCACCUCCUCCUCCGCCUUCUCCGACAACUAGACGUCUUCCGCCACCUCCUCCGACAACUAAACGUCCUCCACCACCUCCUCCUUCGCCACCUACAACAACUAAACGCCCUCCACCACCACCGCCACCUCCUCCGCCUCCUCCGACAACUAAUCGCCCUCCACCACUUCCUCCGACAACUAAACGCCCCCCACCGCCUCCUCCUCCACCUCCUCCGACAACUAGACGCCCUCCGCCACCUCCUCCGACAACUAAACGUCCUUCACCACCUCCUCCUCCGCCACCUACAACAACUAAACGCCCUCCACCACCACCGCCACCUUCUACGCUUCCUCCGACAACUAAUCGCCCUCCACCACUUCCUCCGACAACUAAACGCCCCCCACCACCUCCUCCUCCGCCUCCUCCAACAACUAGACGCCCUCCGCCACCUCCUCCGACAACUAAACGUCCUCCACCACCUCCUCCUCCUACGCCACCUACAACAACUAAACGCCCUCCACCACCACCGCCACCUCCUCCGCCUCCUCCGACAACUAAACGCCCUCCACCACCACCUCCGCCACCUCCUCCUCCCCCGCCAACUCGUUCUACUCGGCCUACUCCGCGACCUCCGCUCACACAGUCAUUCAUAAAACCUAUUUCGCUUCUGUGCACCUUCGGUAACAGGACAGGCAGCCGCACCAUCUUUCCGCCGGAUGGUCUGUGCGACUAUAUCUUCUACGACUCCAUGUACAAAAAUAAUCGUAACCGGCUUAUCGGACGGUUGGACAGAGACAUGUUCACUAUCUUCAAGAGAGCGAAGAAAGCCGACCGCACCAAGACGCAGUACGGUAUGGGCUUCGCCUUCUCACAUCGCAAGGAACUCAUCAAAGAGCUGAAGACAAACAACCUGAAAGUUUUCUGGGGGCAAAAUUUGUUUCACUUCGGCAUAAUCGACUGUCCCACGCACGGCGUGACUCAGGCCCAAAUGGACGAGGUGUUCGUGGCACUCAAGGCGCUUAAAGGCGUCACCACGAUCCCGAGAAGCUCGGGAAACGCCUCGUACAUCAUCCUGGGCGCGCUGUCCGCCACUAGCGCGUGGAACGACUACUUCAAAGCCAAGUUCAAAAACACCUUCAAGCCGGACCUGUUCAUCUCGCUGGGCCACCAGAUGCGCGCCGAUGCGGAGAAAAGCCAGUGCAUCGCCACGCCGCCAGCCAUACUGCAGAAGCCGACGGGGUUUCCGGAGGAACACGACUUGUACGACGCCGCGCGGGCCCUGGCGGCCGUCGCUUCGCAGGCCGACAGCCCACAUAUCUCCAUCUCCGUCUCGAUGAAGGGUCGUUGGACCAAGAUGAAGCCGAACGUCAAGGCCGAGCUCUUCGCGCCCUGCACCACGAUCGGCGCCAAGCCCUACUACGGCAGCUACGUCGAGGUGUGCAAGAAUAAGCGCUACAUGAAUGACCUGUUGUACGACGUGCAGCACUACGCCAUGCGCACCUACAACCAGGUGUCGCGGCGUAUGUUCGUGUACGACAACGAGGAGAGCCUGUGCAAGAAGCUCUGCCUCGUCAAGGCCAAGUACAGCCAGGUGGACUUCGGCGUGGCCAUCUACGACCUGGACUACGAAGACCCCGACGACACCUGCUCGUCGCAAAACACUAAGGGAGCCUACAGCCGCACCCAGGUUGUGAGCACUGUGCAGAGGUAUUUAGACAGCGAGUUCACCGAUCCGUCCAAGGAGGCCGAGUGUUCCCAGCUGUGGCGAUGA